UAAGAAGACUAUGGAGAGCCAAAGCCAACCCCAAGUUUCAAAUUCAAGCCAAAACACUGAAGGAACCACCUUCUUCAGAACUUGUCUCAAUGUGAUCAACACCUUGGCAGGUAUUGGGAUACUCUCAAUGCCAUAUGCAGUUUCUCAAGGAGGGUGGUUCAGUUUUAUUUUGCUCCCCAUUUUUGCACUGAUAUGCUGGUACACGGCAUUACUUCUAGAGAGAUGCAUGAACAAGCAUCCAAUAAUCAAAUGCUACCCUGACUUAGGUGAGAUUGCUUUUGGAUACAAAGGAAGAGCAGUAAUAGCUACAAUCAUCUACGUCAACCUAUUUUUAGUUGCAGUUGAGCUUCUGAUAUUGGAAGGUGACGGUCUGCAAAAGUUGUUUCCAAACAAGAACUUCAACUUAGGUAGUCUGAAAAUUCAAGGUAGAAAGGCUUUUGUCAUGUUAGCUGCUGUGGGGGUACUUCCAACAACAUGGUUGAAAAGCAUGGGAGCUUUGGCCUAUGUUUCUUUUAGUGGGGUGGUAGCUUCUAUUGUUUUAAUUGCUUGUGUUGUGUGGGUGGGUGAAGUUGAUGGUGUGGGGUUUCAUGAAAGAGGCCAUUUAGUGAAUUGGGAGGGAUUGCCUACUUCUGUGAGCCUUUUUGCCUUCUGUUUCUGUGCACAUGCAGUCAUGCCUGCACACUGUAGUUCUAUGAAGGAUAAAAGUGAAUUUUCUAAGGUUUUGAUGGUUUGUUUUGUGGCAGCAACUAUUACCUAUGGAUUCAUUGCUAUUGUAGGCUACACAAUGUUUGGAGAUUAUUUGAUGUCUAAUAUAACCUUAAAUCUACCUUCAAAGAAGAUAAGUACUAAAAUAGCAAUUAUUUCCACAGUGAUCAAUCCUUUUACUAAGUAUUGUCUUCUAAUCAUCCCAAUAGCAGAUGUUAUCGAGAACAAAUGGCUUUUCUGCAAGAAAAAGCCUAUUUCCAUUUUGAUAAGAACAACUUUGGUGGUUGGCACUGUGCUUAUGGCCCUAUUCAUGCCCUUUUUUGGAUACAUUAUGGCGUUUAUUGGUGCAUCUUUUAGUGUGGCAAUCUCAUUGUUGUUCCCCUGUAUCUGCUACCUAAAGAUAAACAAAGCUGCUAGACAAUUUGGGUGGGAGUUUAUUGUCAUCAUUGUAAUUCUUAUCAUAGGUACAUUUAUUGGAAUACUGGGUACCUAUCUCUCAAUGAAGAACAUAGUGAAUCAUCUAUAGGCACGAGGGUGUGUGCUAAAAGCUUCUAUUAAACGUUGAUGUAAAUUUCUAGAAUAUAUGAAAAAUACUCCUGUAAACCUUUAGUAAAAGUUGGAAUAGUGAUCUGAAAUGUGAUAAUUAGAUAAAUCUAGAAAUUAAUGCCUAGAAAACUCUAUAAGCAUGGUAAAACAAUUCACCGACUUUAGAAUCCUAUAAAUAGGCCACUUGUGGCUCAUUAUAAAUUAAGCUAUACUCCUCCAAUCAACUAUCCCUUUUAUUUCUA